UUAUGUAAAAGAGUUGUUCCAUGAAUAACUGUUUGAUAAAAGAGUUGUUCCAUGAAUAAAAUAGCCUUCACUACAAUAAUCUUAUUACCUAUUUUGACUUAUUUACAGUGGUAACCAAAAUUUAGAAAAAUUUUAAAAAUAAAAUAUUAGUAAUCAAAGUCAAAUAUCUAUAAUGUCAGUAAUAAGUUUGAGAAAUUUCUACUUCACCGUUAAAGUUGGGGCUGACUCCAAGAUUUGAAAUAAUUGAACCUAGUCUGAAAUUAUCAAACAUCUGUGAAAAACAUUUGAAAAUAUGCAAUAAUGCAGACAUGUAGAACUAUUGGUCGUGCCAAUUUCUAUUCUUUUUGCACUUUCCAGGAAGUUGUUCCCUGGAAUCCUUUGAUAAUAAAAAACCAGCAAACAACAGGCUCAGUCCCUAUUAAAGUGCAGAGAAUCAUACCAGACGGUACCAAGUUUUUGUUUUUGUCACAUUUGAGAUUCAUACUUGAACUCCUAUUGGAGAGAUUCAAUGAUCUCAACACUUUUUCUUAGUUAUCCUUUCUUGUUUAUUCUUGUAAGCAUCCAUGGGAUUCUUGCAACAGUUCAUGCUCAACGUAGUAUAAGUGUAGGUGAUUUUCUAUCUGCAAAUGAUAAAAACAUGAAUUGGCAAUCACCAUCAGGUGAUUUUGCCUUUGGUUUUCAUCCCAUUGCAGGCAAAAAAAAUCUAUUCAUUCUUGCAAUCUGGUAUGCUAAGAUACCGGAAAGAACUAUAGUAUGGUAUGCGAAUAGAGAGAAUCCAGCAACUGAUAGAGAUUCAAAGGUUGAGCUCACCAGGACCGGACAUCUUGUGCUUAAAGACGCUAAAGACAAAGAGUUGUGGAGAUCCGAAAGCAUUACUAAUGAUUCUCAAGUGUCACAUGCAGCCAUGCUUGAUACAGGGAAUUUCGUGAUAGCAAGCAACAACUCAAGCAACAUAUGGGAAAGCUUCAAAUAUCCAACUGAUACCAUCUUACCAACUCAAGAAUUGGAUGCUGAUGGCAGUCUUUUAUCAGCUUUGCAUGAAACAAGUUACAAUAAGGGGAAAUAUCAACUUCGUUUCGAUGAAGGAUCUCUCAUACUUAAUCAAAUAGAUAUGUUCACCAGAAAACCUUACAAUGAUUAUUUUAGUUUUGGAACCGGUUCUCAUUCUCGGUUGAUCUUCAACAAAUCAGGGUAUAUCCAAAUCCAGAAUUCAAAUGGAAGUCUACUGAACCUUGCACCAGAAAAUGCUGUUCCAAAACCGGAGUCAAACUACUACAGGGCAACACUUAAUUUUUAUGGAGUUUUUACUCUUUAUUCUUAUCCAAGGAACCCCAGUGGUCGUGAAAGCUGGUCUGUCUUGUGGUUCAGGCCUAGGGACAUCUGUCGUAGCUUUGUAGACAUUACAGCUACACUUGGAAAUGGCCCUUGUGGUUAUAACAGCUUUUGUGAAGCUAUCAAUGGGAGGCCUAGUUGCACAUGUCCCCCUGGAUUUUCUUUCCUGGACGUAAAUAAUCCAUACACGGGCUGCAAACAAGAUUACACAAGCUACCCUGGAGAUUGCAAGCCGGAUGGAUCCACCAUUAGGGAAGAUCGCUUUGAGUUCAAGUCAAUGUCAUUUGCUGAUUUUCCUUUCAGUGACUAUGGAAUAUUGCAACCUGCAACUGAGUUGGAAUGUAGGCAAUCUUGCCUUCUUGACUGUUCUUGUGCAGUUGCCAUUUUACAGGAUCCAACUUUAAGUGCAGAUGGCAGUGGAACUUGUUGGAAAAAGAAGUUACCACUUUCAAAUGGGUGGUUUGAUAGAGAUGCUCUAGAUAGAACAGCUCUAUUUAAGGUACCAAAGUCAAAUGCCUCUAGGACAAACCAAGCCGCUCCAAAUCCAAGCAAUGAAAAUCAGAAUCAAGUUAUCUUGAUCCUUUCAGUUAUCUUAGGCACCUCAGCAAUUUUCAACUUCUUUUUUUUAGUUGCAGUUUCUCUGAUCUUCUUCUGUUUAUAUCAAAGAAGACUUCGAUACUUAGACGGUUUUUCUAGCAGAAGAGAUUUGGAGACUAAUCUGCGUUCUUUCACAUACAAAGAUCUUGAACAAGCCACAAACAGAUUCAAAGAAGAACUAGGAAGGGGUGCCUUCGGUACGGUUUACAAAGGAGAGUUGCCAUCAAGUUAUGGAAAUUAUGUUGCAGUCAAGAAAUUAGAAAGGUUUGCAAAAGAGGGUGAAAAUGAAUUUAAAACAGAAGUGAAGGUCAUUGGCCAAACUCACCACAAGAAUUUGGUGAGACUACUUGGAUAUUGUGAUGAAGGUGAAAAUAGACUUCUGGUCUAUGACUUUAUGCAAAAUGGUACAUUGGCUAGCUUCCUUUUUGGAGUGCUAAGGCCUAGUUGGCAACGAAGACUGCAAAUUGCAUCAGGGAUUGCAAAAGGCCUCACAUACUUGCAUGAAGAAUGCAACACACAAAUCAUCCACUGUGACAUAAAGCCACAAAAUAUACUAUUGGAUGAUUCUUUUACUGCCAAAAUAUCUGAUUUUGGGUUGUCAAAGCUUUUGAUCAACAACAACACUCGAACGCUGACCGGCAUAAGAGGGACCAAAGGGUAUGUGGCACCAGAGUGGUUCAGAAACACCCCAGUCACAGUGAAGGUAGAUGUUUAUAGUUUUGGAGUCGUGCUGUUAGAGAUCAUAUGUUGCAGAAGAUGUGUUGAAGUUGAGAUGGAGGAAGCAACAAUAUUAACAGAAUGGGCAUACGAAUGCUACAGUGAAGGCAUAGUUGCAAAGCUGGUGGAAAAUGAUGAAGAGGCUAGAAGUGAUGUAGUGAAAGCGGAGAUGUUAUUAAAAGUGGCAAUUUGGUGUGUACAAGAAAAUCCAUUUUUGAGGCCAUCCAUGAGGACUGUUACAAUGAUGCUCGAUGGUGCCGUCCAGGUUCCUACUCCACCAUGCCCUUUCCUUGUCGAUUCAAUGAUCUAG